AUGCUACUCACGUGUCACCACCACCCUUUCUUAUAUUCCCCUUCCUCAAUCUGCGCAACCACCAGUAACAGAAACUGCAAUCUCUCACUCUCCCUCUCCAUCAUAACCUCGCGCCCGCUCCACCUCACCAUCCCAAACCGUAAUCUCACCGCUCAUCGCUUUAAUUCCCUCACAGUGCGCGCUGACUCAUUUCCCCCUCGAUCCCAACAUGUUACCGCCGAUUCCAAUUUCGACACUCUGCUUUCGUUCCUCGAAUUCUCCUGCCUGCUCUCUUCCGCCAUCGUGUCCUCCGUCGCAGCCGUGGUCGCGGCGUCCAAGAGCGCGCUACUGGCCGGGAUCGGCACCAGAACCGCUCCGUUUGGCGUCGUGAUGCUCGUGGUCGGGGUUUUGAUAGGCGCGUGGAUUCGGAGGCGGCAGUGGAGGCGCGUCUGUGUGGAGAACGGGAAGGGUGGGUUGGAGGUGAACUUGCACCAGAGGAUUGAGAAAUUGGAGGAGGAUUUGAGGAGUUCCGUGGCGGUUGUUAGGGUUUUGUCACGACAGCUCGAGAAAUUGGCGAUUAGGUUUAGGGUUACGAGAAAGACCUUGAAGGAUCCCAUAGCCGAGACUGCAGCUUUGGCCCAGAAGAAUUCUGAGGCUGCUAGAGCAUUAGCAGUGCAAUCAGAUAUUUUGGAGAAGGAACUUGGUGAAAUUCAACAGGUUUUACUAGCAAUGCAGGAACAACAGCGAAAACAACUUGAUCUGAUUCUUGCAAUCGGGAAGGCUGGUAAGCUAUGGGAAAGCAGCCACCAAACCAGUGAUCCACGCGAUACAUUAGAAAUGUCUAACUCAGCUGAGGCUGUGGCAAAACAGGAGGUGCACCAAAUAUGA